GAAGGGUCUGGGAUUCCUUUAUGAGGUGCAACCAAAACAGCUGUUAGAUAUAGCAACCGGGAUAUUCUGGCAGGCUGUCGAGAAUUAGUUCUUGAAUACUGUUGUGGUUUUGAUCACUGAUAUGGCUUUUGGACUCUCUUUGAGGUUUUCUUGGAUUUGUUGCCUGCUAAUUGGAGGGAUAACUUGUUUUACACUUAAAGGUAACGCUCAUGGGCAUCCUGCCUACACUGGACCUGAACCAACUGGAUCCUAUGCCCAAGCAAGUGUGGUGUCUGGUCCUAAAGCUACUGGCCACAAUGCCACGUCAGCGGAAGCUACUGGCCACAAUGCCACGUCAGCGGAAGCUACUGGCCACAAUGCCACGUCAAGUGUGAAAUCCGGCCCCGGCGUCUCAGCAGAAGCUUCAGGCCCCGGCGCCUCAGCAGAAGCUUCAGGCCCCGGCGCCUCAGCAGAAGCUUCAGGCCCCGGCGCCUCAGCAGAAGCUUCAGGCCCCGGCGCCUCAGCAGAAGCUUCAGGCCCCGGCGCCUCAGCAGAAGCUUCAGGCCCCGGCGCCUCAGCAGAAGCUUCAGGCCCCGGCGCCUCAGCAGAAGCUUCAGGCCCCGGCGCCUCAGCAGAAGCUUCAGGCCCCGGCGCCUCAGCAGAAGCUUCAGGCCCCGGCGCCUCAGCAGAAGCGUCAGGCCCCGGCGCCUCAGCAGAAGCGUCCGGCCCCGGCGCCUCAGCAGAAGCGUCCGGCCCCGGCGCCUCAGCAGAAGCGUCCGGCCCCGGCGCCUCAGCAGAAGCGUCCGGCCCCGGCGCCUCAGCAGAAGCGACAAGCCUUGAACAGACGGACCGACCACUCAACUAGGGAGAUCAUAAUUUGGUUUGGCCAACUCCUUAAUCGUCUUAUCCCUGUUACCCUUUUCUGCUAGAGGUACAGUAAAGGUAACUGAGGUGGGGAAAUGUGCGAACUAAUGCACUUGUUUGAAAUGAGGUUCUCCUUCACUUGUACCUCGUCAUGCAAAUUGUAUACAGGGGUGGAUGAUACAAUGUUAUGAAUUGUUUUCAUAAACAUACGACUAAAUUGACUUCUGAUGUAGCGAUAUUGCUGACACACUUUUAGGUUCAACGGUUAUGCUUUUGAUUUAGCCUUGUGUUCCUGCUACUCUUGCAUGAUUUACACAAUAAACCAUUUGACUUUCAAAA